CUUCACUAGUUUGGAUUGGCUUUGAGAUGCCGCGAUGGUGUAACUCUUGGUAACAGAACAAUGAGCUGUGGGCUGGCUUGGGUGGAUGCUAGAUGCCGCUGCCUUCCCCGCUGCCCUGAUGGCUUGGGACCCGAACCAUCUGCCCGGGGGUGCCUCCCGACGGUUAAUCAGGACUCGGGAAGCUGCCCUGGAGGUCAGCCGUAGGUGGAAUGUGGCUUGACAGAUUAAUUAUAUGUUAUCAGGCAGUUGAAGAUCAGCUAAAGAUAUGUGGCCGCAAGAGGGAUGCUGAUGUCUAUGAGCUGUUCCUUUCUCAAAAGGAUCUGACAGAGGUCAUCGAUCUAUCUAGGUUUAAAAAAUUAAAAUACCUAUGGCUACAGCACAACAAGCUCCAAGGAAUAACCUUUCUAACUAGAAACUCUUGUCUGACAGAACUGUAUCUAAACAACAAUGCCAUCUUUGAGAUAAAAGGCCUGCACUCUUUGCCUUCAUUGCACAUACUCUUGCUACACCACAAUGAGCUGACAAACAUUGAUGCCACAGUGAAAGAGUUAAAGGGGAUGCCAAAUCUGAAGAUCCUAAGUCUCUACCAAAACCCUUUGUGCCAAUAUAACCUGUACCGUUUAUAUAUAAUCAACCACCUUCCAGGAAUAGAAUUUCUUGACCAAAAUCAAGUUACAGAAAAAGAAAGAAGAUCAAUGAUUACCAUUUUUAACCAUAGAAGGACUCAUAUUGUUCAAUCAAUAGCAUUCCAAAGAAGAGUAGAUGCCUCAUGGAAUCCUAGAGCACCAUUUAAGCAAAAACCAUCCCAGAGAGUACCUCCAGACUUUGCAUUUGCGAAUAAUGUAGACAAAACUGUGUUUGAUGACCCAGAAGAUGCUGUGUUCAUAAGGUCCAUGAAGAGAUCAGCUAUGGCUACUACCUCCCUGAACUGGGACACGGUUCCAACACGAGAGGAAAAAUACCUUGAUGAGAAAGGCACAGAGCCUCAAAUGCUUACAGUUACUCUGAGAUAACCUCUGGUAUUUCUAGAAAUCCUAGUGGUUUUCUGUUAUUAAACUUCUCUGUUUAUUAUAUA